AAAUCUGAACAAUUGAAUGCGAGCCGAAUCACGUUGUCAUCAUUCGAAUUCCGAUCUCUUUUCCAAAUCAAAGCCGCCUCUUCUGGUUUUCUGGACUUUUCCGACUUAAAUUUCUGCUACAAUGAGCAGUCAAGAAGAAAAUUUUGAUGCUCUCCUCUUUUCCAUGGCCCAGCAAAUGGAAGGAGGAGUUGCUGAGAUGUUGGACACAGUUUUUGGUUUUCUGCUGCGGAAGACAGAUUUCUACAUUGGCGGACCUGAUGGCCAGGCUGAAAAGAUGGUGAUGGAUGCAUUUAAAAAGCACUCAAAGGGUGCAGAUGAGGUGAGGCGGAAGAAAAAGGCUGAGGCUGCCGAGGAGGAGCGGCGCAGACAAGAAAGGGCCAAAAAAAAGAAGGAAGAAGAGGAGAAAUCUGCCGAAAAGGGUGCCACUGUCCGCGAGCUGACUGAUGAGGAGGCGGAGAAAAUCCAGAGGGAGAUUGAAGAGGAAAAGACCAAGAAAUCUGAGAAGCCAGCUGAGCAGAAGGAAGAAAGCAAAGAGGAAGGUUCCAAAAGUGAUGACGAAGAGAAAGAAGAGGACAAGGGAAAAGUUCAGCCCAAUGCUGGGAAUGGAUACGACUUUGACAACUUCACCUGGACCCAAACCUUGCAGGAAGUGGAGGUGCGGGUGGACCUGGGCAAGGCACCGCUCAAGCCGCGUGACCUCUUCAUCGACAUUAGGAAAAACCACCUGCGCUUCGGCAUCAAGGGCCGCGACCCAAUCCUCGACGGACCCCUGCCGCACGAGAUCAAGGUGGAUGAGAGCACUUGGACCGUCGACAAUGGACGCGCGCUGCUCAUCAACCUCGAAAAGGUGAACCAAAUGAACUGGUGGAAUCGUCUGAUUACGACACACCCUGAGCUCAACACAAAGAAAAUCAACCCUGAGCCAUCGAAGCUCUCAGAUCUGGAUGGAGAGACAAGAGGAAUGGUCGAGAAAAUGAUGUACGACCAAAGGCAAAAGGAGCUCGGCCUCCCUACCUCUGAAGAUCAAAAGAAGCAAGACAUGCUGAAAAAAUUCAUGGAACAGCAUCCUGAAAUGGACUUUUCCAAGUGCAAAUUCAACUGACAGAAUACACUGGCAAGCACAAUAGGCUAAGUUCUAUACUUAACACAAAUUAACAAUAAAAUUACCGCACACUUCUGUUGCUACGGUGCGAAUAAUGAGCUGGAUAAUUCUUUUUGAAAAGUGCAAAAUGGAUUAAAUAAAGAAACUCUCAUUCCAA